AUGUUUCCCGGCUCUUCCGUCAAGGUGGGCGAGAAUCUGGUGACGAAUCGGAGCUACGAUCGCCCGAUCCCCACCAACAAGGGCGGUGAUGUCGACAAUAAAGGCCGCUUCGUCCGCGGAUUCGCCUACGAAGGCGCCGGAGGCCCGGAGGAUAAGACGGCGCAUGUGUACCAGCACAACCCGGGCGAGAUCGACGAGGCGACGGUCAGGGGCUGGGGCAAGGACCUGCGCGAGCUCGAGCGGGCCGCGCUUCUCCGGGACGACAACGUCCUCCCGGCCGACCAGGCCGUCGGCGCGCGCGGGCGCGAGCCCGCCGGGCAGGGCGAGGUGUCGGAGCAAGGCCGACUGGCGGCUAAGGCCAACGUCGGCAUCUCGGCCGAGAGCCGCAGGGAGGUGCCCGCCCAGGAGAGCCGCGGUAGCCAGUUCAAGGGCGAGUACUACCAGACGCCCGAGUUUGUGCCAGAUCAGCGGGCAGAUCAAGGGGCAGUACCGCCCGCAUCGGUGACGGAAACGUCCAAGAAUAUCUGA